AUGGGAGAACUAUACUGGGACAAUGCAGGCAUUCUGGUGCAGCCUUAUGGAAAGGAAUGGCAAAUUAGACGACGUAUGCUUCAUCAGGCAUUGAAUCCCUCCGCUCUCCGCCUGUACAAGCCCGUGCAAGAAGCCGAGGCCACGAGGUUGUGUGCUGCCCUACUUGAUGGGCCGGAAUCAUACGAGAUGCUGAUCGACCGGUUCACGGCAAGUGUAGUUUUCAGCAUUGCCUACGGCCAUAGGAUAGAUUCUAUGAGUUCGAAGGUCAUUCGCGAAAGACUUGGGUUUAUGCAGUACUCGGCAUCCCUCAAUGUGCCAGGCCGAUUUCUCGCUGAGACAAUUCCCUGGCUCAAGCAUGUGCCAAAUAUUAUUGCGCCAUGGAAAGCAGAGAUUCAACGCCGAGGUCGUGAAGAGGCUGCUACAAAUAUGAGUCUUGUACGCCGUGUCCAGGAUGAACUCAAGAACUCUAACCUGGUCCCCGACUCCCUGACAAAAUUGCUUCUUGAAGCACGCGAGUCCGACCCCGCUGCUUUUGAUGUCCUCGGUGAACGGGACUUCUCGUUUGUGCCUGCAUCGCUCUUUGGGGCUGGCAGUGACACAACGGCUAGUACGCUCUGCAGCGCCAUCCUCAUGUUAGUGACAAACCCAGGCGUUCAAGCCAUUGCGCAUGCGGAACUCGAUCACAUUAUUGGAACUUCCCGAUUACCGCGGUUCAGUGAUGAGGCGACUCUGCCGUAUAUCAAGGCACUGUGCAAUGAGACGCUUCGAAUCCGCCCCGUCGCCGUACUGGGGGGAACACCACAUGCCAACUCUGUUGCCGACACAUAUAAGGGCUACACAAUCCCGAAGGGCACGACAAUUCUCUCCAACUCAUGGGCCAUCAAUCUCAACCCAAUUUAUUACCCGAACCCACACCACUUUAACCCACUCCGCUUCCUGUCCAUCGAUCCGGCCAACCUGCCAUAUCUUCCUCCCCUGCCAGAAGAAGACAUCGCUGAGGCAUCACCGCCAAAGUCUCACCCUGCUAAAGAAGGCCAUAGCUCAUUCGGAUGGGGCCGGCGCAUUUGUCCUGGUGCCGGACUGGCGCAGAACUCCCUCUUCAUUGCGCUGGCGCGCCUACUGUGGGCAUUUGAGAUUCGGCCAGCGAAAACUCUCGAUGGAUCUGAGAGUAGCUAUGAUACUUUUGCCUAUACGCAGGGGUUCAAUAUACGGCCCCUUCCAUUUAAAUGUGAGAUUCGGGCGAGGAGCGAGGAACAUCGGCGGGUUUUGAGGGAAGAGCUGGAAGACGCUGAGGCGGUUAUGGGUCGAUUUCCUCCGUUUGAAGAGUAA